UUCUAGCUAUUUUGCAGAACGAAAGAAAUCGAAAUUUUGUAUCUAUUAUCAAUACAUCGAUUUAAGCGCGGGAAGACGCUCGGUCGAGCGGCGGCAUCCAAGGUGGUCUCGAACAUUUUGCGAAUUUGUUUUGUUUAUAGCGUCGUUUGAACCGACAUGGAGCAACCGUGUGUGCUGUGCUGCAGCAAGGAAGAUGACGAGUCGAUCUUCGGCAAAUUUCACAAGGAAGACGAGGUGGUGGUGCACAGCAACUGCUUGUACUUGAGCUCGAAUCUUGUUCAGAAUGGAGACGAUCGCAACGGCAUCUUGCACUUCCUCAAAAAGGAUAUCAUGAUGGAGACGAGGCGCUGCCGCGUUCUCAGGUGCUUCUACUGCCAGCGCUUAGGCGCCAACAUUGGCUGCUGCCGCAGUAGCUGCCGGCGCAGCUUCCACACCAAGUGCGGCUUCGAAAACUAUGCGGUUAGCCAGUUUACCGGCAGCUUCAACUCAUAUUGCCACCAACACGUACCCAAGUACCGCUUUCGGCCGGGGCCCAAGGAGCAGUGCAUGAUCUGCUUUGAUUCGCUGGUGGCCAAGGGCAAACGAUUCAGUGUGGCAAGGGCACUGCAGUCACCGUGCUGUCGGAACGGCUGGUACCAUCGCUAUUGCCUUCAGAUGUACGCCAACUCGGCGGGCUACUUUUUCAACUGUCCGCUAUGCAAGAACGAGGACAAGUUUGGCGAUGUGGCACUCUUCGGGAUCUCGAUACCAAAUUGUGACGCCUCAUGGGAAUUAGAGCCCAAUGCCUUUGCUGAUCAGUUGCAGCGGGCUCAGCACUGCACGUCGCUCAUGUGCCGUAUACGUCCUACAAACAACAGAGGUAAUGGGGACAACGAUCUGCUCUACUGUAUUAUGUGCGGCUCCAAUCCGAUGCACACCCUUUGCACCUCAGAGACGGCAUCAACGUAUCGUUGUAACGAUUGCAUUGUUGUCAAACCCAGCGUCGCGUCAGGAUCUGCUGAAAGCGAUACAGAAGCCGAUGUAUUUGAGACCUUCAUCGAGCGGCAGACGCACCGGCAUCGGGCCCCCACCACAAGUGGACUCAACGGCACACGCAACCUCCGACACUCUAAGCUGGUGGCCUCCAUGCGCAUCUCUUCCGAAAGCGAAGAUGACGACGAAGACGAUUUCGACAAAGUUUGCGAGAUGCUGAACCAGAGCCGCCAGCUGGCAGCUAAACCUGAACCGGAAACCUCCAGUUCCUCUGCCCAAGCUCCAUCCGACAGACCCGUAACCCGGUGCUCCAGACGUACAAUGCCUGCCACGGUCCCACAUCAAAAUGAAAAUGGAAUGGAAAAGGCGAAGAAACGUCGAGGAUCGUCUAGAUCCCCUAUUGCUGGCCCGCAAAGCAGACGUUUAUUGCAACCCAUUUCCCCGCGAGCCACGGCUGCGCGCUCCAACGUAUUUGUCGCUGAAUCGACACGCCGCCGUACAAUGCCUAGUUCUCGUGAUUCAAGAUAUUCUACCCCCGAGCGUUUCAACAUGGAUGUGUCGUGUGUGGCCAACAGAACCCGGACCCGUUUGCCAACCUAUUUGGCAAACAAGAAAUAAUAUAGGCCUUAGAUAUUUACACCACUGAAGGAAUUUUUGGUUUAAAGAUCUCAAAAGAGUUUUUCCACUGCCCAAAAUGUUCUACCAGUUGAACCAUUUUCCAAUUCAGAUGAUUUCCGAAGUAAUUUGCAAUUCGAAGCAAAGUAUAAUAUAAGCUGCAUUCAUUUAGUUAUUAAAUAAGUUCCUUCCUUAAAUUUUUUUCAAAAGAACGCUAGUGAAUUGGCUUCUACAGCGGUGUGAAACCCCUUUAUAUGGAUCGCAGUGCGAAUCCUAUUCUUUGCUUUAUUUUCGGACUUGAGCUCCAUAAUUCUUUAUUUAUUAUUUAAAAUUACUAUAUUAAAUUAUGCGUUUUUUGUAAAUACAAGAGAGGAACAAAGAGAGAGAUAAUUGAAGGCUUAUAGACUUAAAGCUAGCCCUUUUAGCUUUGUAUUAUUUUGUUAUAUAUAUGAACAUUCCUUUCGGCAGCAAAUAAAAAAAAAAAACCUUACUAUCCGAAUUUCUGUUAAAAACUUAUGUUAAGAAUAACGAUUGAAAUUAGUACGACAAUUUCAAGAACAAUUCAUAAUGUAUUAACGAUGAAAAUCGUAAACAUGAAAUAAAUAUGGUAUUAUUA